AAUACGGAGAAAGGAAAACAGGACGUGUACCCCGUUUUUCUUAAUCUGCCUGGCUGUCUACCAUGUGCAUCUUCUUCUCCUACUACUUCUAUAUCUUCCCCUCUUCCAAUUGUCACUUCAUUCUCCAUUUCAUUUCAUUUCAUUUUCCCGACUUUAACCGUAAACUUAAACUUUACUAUUUUUCUACGUCCCAAAAUUAUCACUUUAUUCUCCGUUUUAUUUUAUUUUUCGACUUUAACCAUCUACUUAAGAUUAAACAUUUUCCAACAUCCAAAAAUAAAUUGUCACUUCAUUCUCCAUUUCAUUUUAUUUUCUAACUUUAACUAUCAGUUUAAGCUUAAGUGUUUUUUGACAUUCUUCGACUUUAAUCAUCGGCUUAAGCUUCUGGUCGUUUAAAUAGCGAACUAACGACGAGAAAAUUAAAUCUAAAAGAAAAUGAUGAAUGUAGUAUUAGCACCAUCUUCAGAGUGUAGUAGUGGGUGUGAGUCUGGUUGGACUCUAUACUUAGAACAUUCUAAUAAUACAAGUUUUGGUAAUCAUUAUUGUCAUAAACAAAGAAAAAUAAAUGGUUUUCAUGGUAAUUAUCAUGAAAAAGAUCAAUAUGGUAUGAAUAAUAAUGGGGUUUUUUAUGAUUAUAAUGAUGGUGAUGAUCAGCAAGAAGAAGAUUUAUCAAUGGUGUCUGAUGCAUCAUCUGGUCCUCCACAUUUUGAUCAUCAUGAUCAUAUUGAUGAUGAAGAUGAAGAUCAACAAGAGGUUUUGGGUUAUGGUAGAAAUAAUAAACAAAAUAUAAAAUUAGCAUCUGGGCAACAUCAAUAUUAUGAUUAUAAAGCUCAGGAUUUUUCUCUUGAUGAUACUGCUAGCUCUCAUAUUUUCACUUCCAAGAAGAAUGGUGAAAAAAAAGGUUCAUCAUUGAAGAGGGUGACAGAUUACGGCUCACAAGGUUUAUCUGCUACUCAUUUUCAUCAGGGAAGAUCUACCAAUAAUUUUCAAGAACAUUAUGGUUUUGUUCAGCCCCCUUUGUCAACAAAACAAUUUAGACAAAACCAGUAUAGAGAGUACUAGAAAGAGAAGACAAGCAAAAUGCUUAAAUAAAAGCCUAAAGAGGAGGAUCAAUGUACGAAAUUUAUUAGCUGAAGAAAAAGAACAUUUACUCAAAAGAAGUAAUGUAUGAGAUGGAGAAAAAUACUUAAGUGAGGGAUAAAAAGAGGCAAAUCUCAAAGGGAUCUAUUGUUUCUUUCCCCCUAUAAAAUUUUACUUGCCUUAGCUUGUGUUUUAAUUUACUUUUUGGAUGUCAAUUUAGUGGAAAAAACAACCUCAAGGUGGAGUACAAGUAGAAAUAAAUUGUUUAUGUACUCCAAGAGUGAAUUUAUAUCAAUCCAAGUUUGAAUAGUAGUGACUAGAGAUCAUGUAACUUCAUAUGUUUUUUUUUUAGUGUACUUCUAGCUACUCAAUUAAAUGGCAAAAUGCAUUAGUGUCAAA